UCGCCACGCCACAUUGACAUAGCGAUAGAAGCACUGAUAACAAAAUAUCUAUUGAUGAAUAUUUUUUGCUGACUCUCCCGCCUAGUGUUUUGUUUUUUUACGGACAAAGUAGUGUAUCGAAGGUUUUAUAAAAACAUAAUAUUUUUUAAAUAAGUGUGAAGUGAAGUGCUGUGAAGUUAAUAAUGACUAAAAGUGUUUUGGACUGUUCGUGGCUAGUUUGAAUACAUUUGUUGCCUAUUUUUACCGUUACUAUGCUGCAGAUGUGGAUCUGUGCAAUACACGUUAGUUUAAGAAGACACACAACACACAACAAGCACUUAUGCUAAUGAAAAUGCUAGCGCAUGCUGCGAAACGAAAAGGUGCGUCCAUACAUGAGUGAUCCCGCGACUGGUGACACCGGCAGCGAUGCAAGAGAUAUGCAAUACCGCGCUGCCGCUAGACAGUAACCCCUUGGUGCGCAAGAUAAAAUGCGAAGAGUUCCCCGUGAGAGGAAAGCAAGCAGCAAGAAUCGGUAUGGGGGUCCGCGAUGAUAUGGAAGAGGAGUUCGUGGUGAAGACGAGGAAUACGCCCCCAAUGGGGCCCGCUCCAGGACAAGAGCAUCCUCGUAUGGAGCAUGGGGGUAAUGGGUUCUGGCUGGCUGCGGUCACCGCAGCCGGCGCUCCUCAUCCAAUGCUCGAAACGUGUACAGAGACUGGGUUUAUUAAUAGUCAACCUUCUAUGGCGGAGUUUAUGACGGCGCUUCCACAGCUGGGAGGAGGCGAAUUAAGUCCGCAGCACACACCUCCCGGUUACGCGCCUGACCUGCCAUCGCCUGGUGGCGGUCUCAACGUCCCCGAGUACCCUUGGAUGAAGGAGAAAAAAACGACAAGAAAAAACAGCCAACAAGAAAAUGGCUUGCCGCGACGAUUACGAACCGCCUACACGAACACACAACUGCUGGAAUUAGAAAAAGAGUUUCAUUUCAACAAGUACCUGUGCAGGCCUAGAAGAAUCGAGAUUGCCGCGUCCCUUGAUCUAACAGAAAGACAGGUCAAAGUGUGGUUCCAAAAUAGAAGGAUGAAACACAAAAGACAAACGGUUAGCAAAAGUGAAGAUGGUGACGAUAAGGAUUCGACAACCUCAGAAGGAGGCAAAAGUUCUAAAACAGGGUUAGAAAAGUUCCUCGAUGACGAUGGCCCAUUAUCUGGCAAGAAGAGUUGUCAGGGUUGUGAACUACCACCUGGUGUUCUGUGUUCUCCAUCAGAGGAUCUUCCGGAGUUAGCCUCACGAACACGUAACAACAACACUCCGAGUGCUACGAAUAACAACAGCUUUGCAAGCGAUGGAGCUUCCAGCGUAGCUUCAUCUUCUUCCCUAGAUAAACUAGCGGAGGAAGAUUCCCGAGAAGGACUUCCGCCAGCAAACCCUGUAACGACAGCACCUAGAAAUCUAGCUAAAAGAAUUAAACAAGAGUCAAGAAAGCGAUCCCCUUCAUUGGAUGCGACGGGUUGUAAAGUGUCACCGUCGUCUUCGAAAGACGGUCUCGUCGGUAUAGCUGGCCUAUCAGACGGUGGGAAAUUUUCUUCAGUCAAUUUGACACCGUCAUCUACUCCUGGCACACCAUCAAGUAUGCACCAAAGUCCUCUUGGUCUCUACCCUCGACCGUCGCCGCCCCAUGCACCACCAGGACCACCCCUUCCUCAAGCUGUACCUAACUCGAUGCCACCGUACGUAAUUAGAGGGAACGCUCCACCUGGCCAAUUCGUACCACAUCCAGACUUUCGAAUGGACCCAAAGCAAUUUGUCGGUAAACUGGCCCAAUAUCCUCAGAGUAACAGGUCCUACGACGCUUACGGACCUGCAUUACAAGGUACAGAACAACACGCUUACACAAGGAAUCAACAUCACUCAAGACAACACGAUAGCUCUCCUUCUACGAGACCGACAAACGGGAUAGGGUCGAGACAAUCCUACCCACAUGAAAUGUACCAAAACUACGCUUACGGGAGUUAUGCAAAAGAUCAAGUUGCGUACGGUCAUCCUAGCUACGAACAGGGCCAAGGUUACCCAGGUGAACAUAUUGGCUAUGCAAAUAGUCACUACGGAUACCACUAUCACGAAAGCGGACAACAUGACGCCUCACACGGUUACUACGGUAGUGAUGGACAAAAGAAUGUUCAUGGCGCCGACUACACAAAGAACGCCUACUAUGACGCAAGCUCAUAUGGAAGUCAACAAGGAAGUGCAACGGCAGCGAGCUAUGGCGCGGGCACACAAGGAUCCGCGUCAGGGGAGGCUUAUGGCAGCGGCGAAUGUGGCGAAACCUACGGUUCUUUCCAACAGUUUUACGAAGCAACACACACAACGCCUGCCACCGGUGACAAUUCGAACUCUUCAUCAGACUUUCACUUCCUGAGCAAUCUAGCGAACGACUUCGCUCCGGAAUACUACACCAUUUGAGAUAAGGAGUUGAUCGAGCAGGCGAGCGAUCUGUUCGUGUAACAUUCUAAAUGCGUUUGAUACGCAAACAUAAUGUAAAUAAACACGUUUAGUAUAAGGGUUAAGGUGUUGAAACAAGAAAUGGAACUGAAGGUCGCCAAAGGCGGUGCAAUGAAUAAUCUCCCUGUUUCUCUUUAUACGACUUACAUACCAAUUAAGCUACGCUUUACUCAAUAAUAUUGUAAUAAAAUGUAUAUAUGUAAGUCCUUUUACUAAUUGUUAUUUUAUUAGGAUUAUACUCAGCGAUUUGAGUGAUGCAUAGGUACAGUCUGGUAAUUCAAAAUUGAAGCAAUUUUUUAUUAAUAAUUACUACAGGACAGUAACUAGUGCAUUAUUAGCGAAUUAAACAGUUUUUAACGAAAGCGGUCUUGGAUCUCGUAGGUACCACUACCUAUAUAUAAAUUGUUACAUCCAACCAUUGUACACUUUUAACGAUUAUUUAUUAAACACCAAACAAUUUUUAGAAAUUAAAUUAUGUAAAUUUAUUGAUAUGUAUGUAAAAUACCCAGUGUAUUUAAAAUACCUUUCCACGUGUUCAUGUUAAGAAAAUAUUGCAAUAUUCGUAAUUACUUGUUUUUCAAUACUUAUCAUAGAUAUUGUUUACUUACAAAAAUUAUUAAGUAACUAAUAGUCGUUGCCUUAUUUAGUUAAUAUUGUUUUGUGACUAUGAAACAUAUUGUAGAUACCUACAUAGUAAGUUAGUUCAUUAAGCGACUAUAUUGUAGAUAAUGUCAGUGCUAUCGUUUUGGCCUAUUAAAAAAAUAAAUAAUUUGGUGUCGCA